AUGAGGUGGUUACACCUUAUUGUAAUAUUUGUUCAAUUAAGUUGGGUAUUUGGUACAGAAAAUAAAAAUGUAAAGCAUAGGAUAAGUGUGUUAUUUGAGGAUACAGGAUCAGAAGUGAGGCUAUCAGGUUCUCCUAAGACAACUUUGGGACAGGCGUUGGUAUCUUUUUUACAGUCAAAUAUGGGGAAUGAAAAAAGUCUUUCAUCAUAUAACUAUUUCCUUAAGUCAACAGGUUUAGAAAUUCCAACAGAAACUCCCAUAUCAGUAAUAUUAUCAGAUGAUUUGGUAAUGGCAAUUCCAAAUAAAGGUGUAAUAUCUGAAUCAGGAGACUUGAAUGAAGUUAAUUCUGGAGGAGUUAAAGGUGGGAAAAGUGGCCAAAAUUCGUCGAAUUAUAUUGAGUUAUCACCUGAUGAUGUUCAUUUGAGGGUAACAAUGCCAGACGGUAUUGUUGAGAAUGUAAUAGCAAAAAGGCAACAAACUAUUGCUCAGUUAAGGGAAAAAGUGAUGAAAGAGUUUGAUAUUACAGGUAAUUAUGAUAUCUCAGAUGGGGAAAAGAUACUACCAAAAUCGUCAACAAUUGAUGAACUGGGAUUGGAGGAUAGAGAAUCUUCAUUAUUUUUGGUAAACAGUAAUUCAUCUAAGAAAGGAGAUAAACAAAGGAGGGAAAGAGCUCAAAUAGUAAGUAACGAAAGCUCUAUGUUAGAUGAUGACGAUCCAUAUAACAUGGGAACAACAGGAGGAAGAACAACCGUUUAUCAAAGCCCAACAAUUGGUGGAUUUGGGGGAGGAAUUCCGGGAGAAUAUAUUUUGAAGACUGUUAAAAUAAAGUUAUAUUUCUUGGCAAAAAGAGUGAAUGUAGCGUAUUCAACAUUGUAUAGUAGAACUGGUUCAGAUUUAAUAUAUGAUAUUAAUAUGCAAAAAAACAUUCCAGUUAAUAACAUCAGAUUAGGGAUAAUGAGAGAAGGAAACCCACAUCCUGUGAGCAUUGGAAUAGAUUCACCGGAGGCUGAGUUAUCUUUAUAUGAGUUGGGAAUAAGGAAUGGGGAUGUAGUUAUUGUUGCAGGCCCAGAAACAAACUUUUCAAGGACAGAACUACCUUUUAGAAAAGGAAGUAGAUUCAAGAUUUAUUUAAGUUGUCAAGAUGCACCACACUCUCAAAAAAGAUUUUCAGUUGAGGUUUGGGAAAACACUUCGAUAGAUUCGAUAAGAGUUGCAUUAUCUGGCCCAUUAAGAGUUCCGUUUUCUGAAAUUGACUUGGAGAUUGAAGAUAUUGAUAUUAAUGGACAAGUUGUAAUGUGGAGAAGAUUAAGAGGAUAUAAUUUAAGUCAACUAAAUAUUGUAGCAGACACUGAAUUGUUUGUGAGAACAGGGCCAUAUAAGUAUGUAACAUUGCAGCCAUCUUAUUUUAAUAGGUUAACAGGCAAGCAUGAAAUCCCAAUGGAUGUUAGAAUAAGAUUUGAUGAUUUUUCAGGAUUUGACUUAUUAUUGGGGGUGUAUCCUUCAACAACAAUAAAACAAUUAAAACGUUUAAUAGCCUGGAGAAGAAGCUAUAUUCCCAGUUCUAUACAGUUGGAAAUCAUUGGAAUAGAUAGGAGAAUGAUGCCAACAUCAAUAAUACCAUCCAAUGAUUUGCUUACUUUAAGAAGGUUGAGAAUAAUUCCAGGAAUUAUCUUCAGAGUUAAGUUAACAGGGUCGCCAAUUGAACCAUCUACAAUUCCAAUUGAUGACAUACAUGAUAGGGAGUAUGUUGAUGGUAGUCAGAAAGUAGCGGAAGGUGGAAAACCGACUAUGACUUUGAAUAUUAUGAUAAUUAAUAGGGAUUUGGCACCAGUACAGAUUGUAUGUUUUCCAACAACUAAGAUUAGGUCAAUUAUUGCAAGUAUUUCAAAGAGGAGAAAUAUUCCUCAAGGGAUAAUAAGGUUAUAUUCAGAAAAGCAACUAGAUAAUGGUGCUUUGUAUAGAAGAUAUUAUGAAAAGUUGCCGGAAAAAACUCUAGAAGAAUCAAGGAUCACGAGAGGAAUGGAACUUUUUGUGGAAGUAAUGGAGGAAAUUAAAAAGGAUGAUACUGGAAAUAUUAUGAGAGAUGGAAUGGUUAAUUUGAUUGUUAAAUGGGAUGAUGGAACAACAUGUAACAUACCAGUUCCACUAUCAUCCAAGCUAAGUCAGUUUAGGGGUACUUUGGCAGGCUUAAAAGGAACUAAUCCAGAGUCUGUUACACUAAGCCGUAAAUUGGGAGGAGACAAAGCUCAUAAAAUGAUUAAUGUUGAUGCUUCUAUAGAUUCUUAUAAGUUGAAGGAUGGUGAUAUGAUUGAAGUAGCAAUUGAUUCUAAUGGAGAAGUUGAUUCUAAUACUUCUGGAGGGGAAUCUUCAGAUGUUGGAUCACUAAGAUUAACAGGACUAAGAUUUUCAUGGCCUGAUGGAACAACAGUUGUCACUUCUGGUAGAGGAUCAAAGAAACUGGGAGAUGUUAAGACUUUCUUAGCAGAAAGACGAGGAAAUGAUCCAAAAACUGUUGCAAUAUAUUUUUCAAGUGGAAGAAAGCUGACUGGAGACGAUAAGACAUUAUCAGAUUUAGGAGUACAGUCAGAUAUGCAAUUCUGGGUAGAAACUGAUGCAUUACAUUGGGAAAAUCCCAAUGAUCCAGUCAGAUUUGUUAUAAGAAAUACAGAUACUUUAUGGUCAACAGUAGUCUUUAUUUCACCUGAUGUAUAUGUGACUGCAACUAUUAAAGAUUUGAUUGAUGAGUAUAAAUCUAAAUCAAUGAUUCCAAGGGAGGCAAAUGUUCAGAUUUUAGGUUUUGAAGGUAUUCAGGAAACUGAUUUGUUAUCUAAGUAUGAGGAUGAUGAAAGGAUAAGACACUUAUUAGUUGAGGUCAAGUUACCAAGUGAAUCAGGAUUAAUGGGAGCAAUAACAGGAGAGCCAGAAAAUCCUACUCAGCCGAUUGACAAGUUGAAGCAAAUCAUUAAUUGGGAUGGUCCUAUUAAAUUUACUCCAACCCAAAGGAGAGGACCCUUCUCUGCGAAGGCAGAUACAACUGAGAUUCAAGUAAUGAUGCCUGUUGCAGCUUUUAUUCGUCCGAGAUUGGUUGUUGAUGAAGCUCUGCUACAAGCAUUCGGUGAAAUUGCAGACUCAGAGUUGAAUGAAAGAGUAUAUGGCCCUGCAGGAAAGAAGAUUUCAUCUAAAAACAAAGAGCAGUUAAUUGCAAGAAUGGCAUCGACAAGAAGAGCUGCAUAUAUAUUACACGUCAUUUGUUCUUUAAAUAACUUAUCAACUGAUAAAUUUAUGAUGAUAACUCAAUCCAAACCACCAUAUGAGGCUAGAAAGUGCACGAAACACUUAGCUUUGGGGUUGGAUAAACAUUAUAGAUAUGCAAGAGGAGUCUUGGGGAAGAGGCCAAUCCGUUAUAAAAAGGCUAUCAAGGCUUUGAGUAAUGCUAAAAAAGAGUUUAGCAAGGGUUAUUCAUAUGUAGUUAAGAAUUCGUCCAAGAUGGCUAGGAUAAUAAAGAGAAAGAGUAAGAAAAGUGGAAAAAUUCCUGAUCAAGACUUUUUAAAUGCCUUGGCAUUGUCAGGCAAAAUGAAGUAUGAGAAGAAGCAGCAAGUGGAUGUAAAUAUGCAGAAUUUAUAUGCAGUUUUAAGGCCCGUGGCAACUCAACAGGACAUUGAUGAAUCGCUUAGAAGAGAAAAGGAAACUUCAAGGAUUUUGCAUACUGGUGAAUAA